AUUUCUUUGUUGCCGACGACGGUGCAAUAUUACAAGAGUACAAUGCAAUUGUAAAACUAAUACGGGAGUAUUUAACUUCUUCUGAAAGGGAACACAUAUCGAUGUGGACAGGAACUACUAUCAAUCCACAGACAGGUGACAUUUCACCACCGAAUGCCUUCACCCAUUGGGCACCAGGGGAACCAAUCAAAAGAGUCGAUGAUUUAACGCAUAUUGAGUUUCAGUGUCUGCUGAUCCUGAUUUUACUAUACAGGACCAAAACUUGCGCUGAUAAAACAUAAAAUUUUGAUUUUGCUCGUUUUGUUUGCUGCCGUUGGGAUUGGAAUGUCUUUGACAUUGUUUCUGUCUAACAAAAAAAGUCAACAUAUUAUCGAAGAAAAGCAAUCUUUAAUAAAAGAACAGCUGAAGGAAAUUAACGAUAAACAGAAACGCGUAGAAGAAAUACAAACAGCUAUCUCAAAGAGUCUCAAACUCACUAAUGAGCUCAAAACAGUGUUUAGACAGGGCCGUGCAUCCUACGUUGCUGACGACGGUGUUGUAUUUUGGUUUGAACCCCGUUUGUUAAUGGAUAUGAACUACGAAGAAGCUGUUCACUUCUGUGAGACGCGCUGGUCAACUGUCGCAAUAUUAAGAGAUGAAAUAGAGUAUGAGAGAAUUAUCAAGCUGAUACAAGAUGAGUACACACCUCAUGGUCUUCUUCUUGUUGAUGCUUGGAUUGGACUCACCCUAAACACAACGACAGUCAAAGUUACACCGACUGGAUCGUUCACUCAAUGGCAUUCAGCUGGACCGACUGUGAGCAAUAUUGGUGACAAGGGACUAUCUGCUGUUUAUCUCCUUGUCUCCAGUGGGCAAUUUGGGAUGGGAAUGUUAAAUCAGCGGCCAGAUGAAAAUUGCUUCACAGUUAUAUGUCAAAUUUAAAUAGUUUGAAAAAUUUGCUGUGUCACAUUAUCACUUUGAUUUCCAUCAUACCGAAGUCGAGAUAUGAGAACAUUAACAAUCGAUGACAUAUUGCCGAAUAACAGGCGAAGCGACACAUUUUACUUCGAGCAUUCCGUUCUUUUCAGAUAAUUAUUACCGACAAUUUUGAAUUAAAAUAUCUGUCAUUUCCAAUG